UUGAUGUUGUUUGUGAGUUCCACUGACACCACUCUACAUCAUAUCAGAUAAGACCACCAUACGCCCAGGCUGCAGCCAAGAUGAGAGAGUUCAAGAGCAAGGCAUUCUGGAGGGCCGUACUGGCCGAGCUUGUGGGGAUGACCAUGUUCAUAUUUCUCAGCAUCUCAGCUGCCAUUGGGAACUCAAACAACACCGCUCCUGACCAGGAGGUGAAGGUUUCUCUGACCUUUGGUCUGGCCAUCGCCACGCUGGCCCAGAGUUUGGGCCACAUCAGUGGAGCCCACCUGAACCCAGCUGUGACACUGGGCAUGCUGGCCAGCUGCCAGAUCAGCGUGUUCAAGGGGAUGAUGUACAUGGUGGCUCAGAUGCUGGGCUCUGCUCUGGCCAGUGCUAUUGUCUACGGAACCCGGCCAGAGGCAAAUACUGCACUGGGGGUCAAUGCUCUAAAUGGUGUCAGUGCCAGCCAAGGCGUUGGCAUCGAGCUCUUGGCUACCUUCCAGCUGGUCCUGUGUGUCAUAGCAGUAACUGAUAAAAGGCGGCGUGAUGUCACCGGCUCUGCCCCCCUGGCCAUCGGACUCUCUGUUGCUCUGGGACACUUGGCAGCCAUCAGCUACACAGGCUGUGGUAUCAACCCGGCCCGAUCCUUUGGACCAGCUUUGAUCAUGAAUGAUUAUACAAAUCACUGGGUGUACUGGGUGGGGCCAAUGAGUGGAGGUGUGGCAGCUGCUCUGGUCUAUGACUUCCUCCUGUACCCCAAAUCUGAGGACUUCCCUGAACGUAUGAAGGUUCUUGUUAGUGGCCCGGUGGGAGACUAUAAUGUUAAUGGAGAGGAGCCUGCAGCUGUGGAAAUGUCAUCAACAAAGUAGUGUUGUCAUAGCAACACCAUAUAGUGUAUAGGACUUUAGAUUGUCUACCUACAGUAUACUCCUGUAAAGCAUUGACAUUUCCUUUAGAAUGGCAGCAGUUGAAUUGUUAUUUCAAAAUAAUGAUAAAGAAUUUCAAAUAAGA